CAUAUCUCGCAUCGGGAAGAAACUCCUCUCGCUCGUAACAAAUACUUCGCUCCAAGGACAACACAAAAAGAGCACGUAGCACUCGACGUGUUCCGCGUGCAUUCUGGUAAAUAACCGAUAGCCAUUUCUGAGUUGUCCCGUUCUUGUGUUCCUCUCUCCAAAAAUGGUCGCCAGUAUGAGGAUAGCGCCAAACCUAUUAAGGACUUGCAAACAGUUAACUGUCUUGCCGAGAAUGGUCUCGACCAAGAUCCUUACCGUGGAUAAUAUAAAUCCACAGGUGAUCACUAUGCAGUAUGCAGUUCGUGGUCCAAUAGUGAUCCGAGCCGUCGAAUUAGAAAAAGAGCUUGCCAAGGGAGCUAGCAAACCUUUCAAGAGUGUGAUCAGAGCAAACAUUGGCGAUGCUCAUGCUAUGGGACAAAAACCAAUCACUUUUAUUAGACAGGUGCUUGCUUGCGUGACAAACCCAUCGCUGCUGGAAACGGGGAAAUAUCCAGCUGAUGUCGUAGAACACGCCAAGGCACUUCUGGAUGGUUGUGGAGGUCAUAGCACAGGCUCUUACAGUCAAAGUCCUGGAAUCGAUCUGAUCAGGAAGCAUAUUUCUGAAUAUAUCACUAGGCGCGACGGAGGAAUUCCAUCAGAUCCCGAGAAUGUAGUCCUUUCUGGCGGUGCUUCUGAAUCUAUAAGGAAUGUCUUGAAAUUAUUCGUUGAUCAUAGGAAGAGCAAGAAAGUCGGAAUUAUGAUUCCCAUUCCACAGUACCCACUUUACUCAGCUAGCGUUGAAGAAUUUGCUCUUGGACAGGUUGGAUACUACCUUGAAGAAGAGAAGAAUUGGGGUCUUAAUGUUACCGAAUUGGAGCGUGCAUACCAAGAGAGUCUCAAAAAGUACGACACAAAAGUGCUGUGUGUUAUAAAUCCAGGCAAUCCGACUGGCCAGGUACUCUCUAGGCAAAACAUGGAAGAAGUCGUAAAGUUUGCUCAUAAGCACAAUCUCUUCUUGAUGGCCGACGAGGUUUACCAGGAUAACAUCUAUGCUGAAGGCUCUAAAUUCCACUCUUUCAAGAAGGUUAUCAACGAAAUGGGAGCACCUUACAACAUGAUGGAGCUUGCAUCAUUCCAUUCUGUUUCGAAGGGAUAUAUGGGAGAGUGCGGUAUGCGAGGAGGGUAUGUCGAGUUCUUCAACCUCGAUCCAGACGUUUACGUGCUUUACAAGAAAAUGAUAUCCGCCAAAUUGUGUUCGACUGUUUUGGGUCAGAUCGUGAUGGAUUGCGUAGUAUGUCCGCCAAAGCCCGGUGAUCCAUCAUACGAUCAGUGGUUGAAGGAGAAAACAGCAGUCCUUGAUUCCCUCAAGGAGAGGGCCAGACUUGUCAAAGAAGCGUACGGAAGUAUCGAAGGUGUAUCGUGCAAUGAAGUUCAAGGAGCCAUGUAUGCCUUCCCGCGGCUUUUGCUACCACCCAAAGCGAUCGAGAAAGCUAGAUCUUUGAACCAAGAGCCGGACUUCUUCUAUGCCAUGCAAUUACUGGAAUCCACAGGUGUGUGUAUCGUUCCAGGAAGUGGCUUUGGACAGAAAGAGGGCACUUAUCACUUCAGGACAACGAUACUUCCCCAGAAAGACGUGAUGAAAGAUAUGCUGGCGCGGUUUACGUCAUUCCACAAGAAAUUCUUAGAAGAAUACAAAUAGAUUGGUGCUGGCCACCUUAGCCUUUUGACUUAUCCACUUGUACGAGUCUUAGUGUUGUGUCAAAAUUAAUCCUAUGCAAAUCAGGCUUUGUUAGGUACCAUUUUUUAGCUUAGAAAGUAUCAUGGUGAUCCUUAAUACUAACGUCUGCCAUUAUUGGAACUUGGAAGAAGAGAAUUAAGAUUUCUAUCACUU